AUGGCGGCCGGUCUCCAGAAGCAAAAGGUGGUUGUGGUGGGCGCGGGUCCAGUGGGGUCUCUAGCGGCGCUGUAUGCGGCUUCCCGUGGCGAUGAGGUUGAAGUAUACGAAUUGCGAGGAGAUCUCCGCGAUCCGACAACAGUGCCAUUGAACUUCACCAAGUCGAUCAACCUGGCUCUUUCAGAGCGCGGCAUCAAUUCCAUCCAGCAAUCGCAUCGAAGUGGACUGAUCGACAAUAUCCUCCGCGAGACGAUCCCGAUGUACGGACGGAUGAUCCACGGCCGAAACAACGGAUCCUUGUGGGAAGCCGCUCAAGCCUAUGACGUGCACGGACGGGCAAUUAACGCCGUUGAUCGUGGUUCAUUGAAUAAUGCCCUUCUAGACGAGCUGGAACGAACACCGAAUGUCAAGCUUUUCUUCAACCAUAAGCUGACGGGCGCUGAUUUCCGUACCAAUAAGGCCUGGUUCGAGCGUCGCAUUCCGGGCGAUACGCCUCAAGCCGAUGAUGCAGGCGUUGCUGGCCGCGUGCCAGAGAUCGAGGUUUCAUUCGAUUACCUCCUCGGUGCUGACGGAGCUCACUCCGCUAGCAGAUUCCACAUGAUGAAGUUCGCCCGGGUAGACUAUCAACAGGAAUACAUCGAUACGCUCUGGUGCGAAUUCCGUAUCCCUCCGACCAAAGAUGGCGACUUCGCCAUCUCUCCAAAUCAUCUACAUAUCUGGCCAGGCCGUGAAUUCAUGUUCAUCGCCAUCCCUUCCGCAGACAAAUCUUUCACUUGUACUCUCUUCGCGCCAGCUGCCCACUACGCCACUCUUGACAACUCUCCUUCCGCCCUUCAGGCCUCCUUCGAUGAACACUUCCCCGGUGUUUGUCCGGAAUUAAUCGAGCCCCAAGCUCUCGCUGAACAAUUCGCCGUGAACCCUCACUUACCACUCAUAAGCAUAAAAUGCAAACCACACCACCACAGUUCCAGCGUUGCGAUUAUCGGCGACGCCGCACACGCCGUCCUUCCCUUUUACGGACAAGGCCUUAACGCCGGACUGGAAGAUGUCCGCGUUCUCUUCGAGCAGCUAGAUAAGCACGGUGUGUAUGAUACUGAUACAAGCGUCUAUACACGUAGCGUGCGUCGACAAGCUGCGUUCCAGGCAUACACAAAUGAGCGUUGCGAUGAUACACAUGCGAUUAAUGAUCUCUCGAAAGAGAAUUAUGUGGAGAUGCGAUGGGGUGUUAAGUCACCACUUUAUAAGCUGCGGAAGAUGGUCGAAGAGACUAUUGACCGAAGACUCCCUUUCUUGGGAUGGAAGACCCAGUAUGCGCGUGUUAGCUUUAGUAACCAGCGCUACUCGGAGGUCGUCCGUGCUGUGCAGGAGCAGAGUCAGAUGCUAGGUAUUGGUCUUACCUCGGCUUUGGUUGUGAGCGUGGGUGCCUUGGCCGUGCUGUUGUGGAAUUUUCCUCGACAUGCUCGGCCUGCGGGAUUCUUCGGGUGUGGCUUGAAGCAGUUGACGAAUCUAUGGAGAGGCAUUGUGCAUAGGUGA